UCCUUCCUGAUGUGGGUGUGGACACUAACACAGAUGACUACACAAAUAAUGGAGGAGAAGCUACACUAGUCUGCCUCGUACAAGUUAGAAAAACAGUUAAAAAUCGGACACGUUUCCCGUUUUUCUUCCUGGUUGCAGAUUGUAGCUGGGAUGCUGUGUCAGGAUGGGAAAUCUUUUUGGAAAAAAGAAACAGACCCGAGUGACAGAACAAGACAAAGCGGUUUUGCAACUGAAACAGCAAAGAGAUAAACUGAGGCAAUAUCAGAAGAGGAUCAACCUGCAGCUGGAGAAGGAGAGACUGUUGGCCAAGCAGCUGCUCAAAGAUGGCAAAAAAGAGAAAGCACUCCUGCUGCUGAAGAAGAAGCGCUACCAGGAGCAACUUCUGGACAAAACGGAGAAUCAGAUCGGCAACCUGGAGCGCAUGGUUCAAGAUCUGGAGUUCGCCCAGAUUGAGAGGAAAGUCAUCGAUGGGUUGAAAGUUGGAAAUGACUGUCUGAAGAAAAUGCACGAGGCGAUGUCCAUUGAAGAAGUCGAGCGGAUCAUGGAUGAAACCCAAGAUGCCAUUGAGUACCAAAGGCAAAUAGACGAGAUGCUCGCCGGCUCUCUGACACAAGAGGAUGAAGACGCUGUGCUGGCUGAGCUGGAGGCCAUAACUCAGGGAGACGUCGAGCUUCCUGAAGUUCCCUCAGAAGAGCUGCCUGAAGUCCCCGAGGCCUCCGAGGAGAAACCAGAGAGGGAGCGACCCAGGAAGAAGCCAGAGCGGGAGCUGCUCGCUGCGUAGGAACACGGCUGACCUCCGUCAGCCGAGCUGCUGGAGUUUCUCCUCAACACUCCGAUCCUCCAUCAACCUCCGACCAUACAAACAUUAUCUGGGGAGCUCUCUCUUUCUCCUCCGGCGGCAGCAGGUCCUCUCAGAGCCCGGGCUUCCUUCAUAACAUCCAGCUGCUGUCGGUCCUGGUCUGCUGCAGGUGGACUCCUGGAGGCAGCAGGACCGGUCCACUGCAGGACGGAACCACCAAGUCCUGUGACAUCAGAUACUUGUGCCUAAACUUCGAGUGUUCGUUAUGUUCACCACUAAAUCAUUUUACAUACAGAAACUUAUAUUAAAUGCAUGUAUGUGUUCCUCAUUUUAUUUAAUCAGAUCUCCCUCACGGAUCUUCUCUGAUUGGAUGCAGUGAUUGGAUCUGUAAAGGGUCAGUUCACCAAACUUUUAUAAUUGUUUCAUUGAUUUCUCCAGAUUUAAAGAUUCUUGGCAGUCAAACUGGGCAGACUUUAAUUUGUGACUCUUAAUGAAGUUAAAAAGUUACUUUUCAUUUCUUUCCAGUGAAAUUAUCACUCCACUGGAUGAUCCACUGUACAGGUUAUUCAUUUUAUUUGUUCACUUUUCUACCAAAGAAAUCUCAAAUCUUAAAAUCCAACUUAAACAAAAUCUUUCUGUUUCCCUGCUUGGAAAUAUCUCAGUGUCAAGUUUGACAUUUAAUACAAAGGUUGAGUCAGUGUUUAUAUAAAUGAAAUAACUUUAGUCUGAUUAAAUUCCUGCAGAUGUUAAUAAACGUGUUUAUUCAGUUAUUACAUAAAAGUUCAAGAGAACUUUAAAAUGAACAAAAUGUUUUUCAGUGUUCAAAUCACACAUGUAGUUAUUUAAUUUAUUCAUAUGACUCAAAACUACAUUAAACUUGUGUAAUAAAAAUACUCUCAGUCUGUGUUAAUGAAGAAUUUUCCCUAAAGAUGUUUUUUUUAUUUCCCUCCUUGUAAUUCUUACCUGACUGAAAAAAACAGUGGUGGAGUAAAAAAACAAACCAUAACUGUAAAGAUAACUUCUACUGAAGCUCGUGGUGUUUAUAGGCAGUUUGAACGCGAUCAGAGGUGAUGAAGUAUUUAAAAUCCCGUCUUGAAUAGUGAAUAAACGUCACGUUUGCUCGAUAAAGACAGCUCGAGUCGACACGUGUUGGUUUAUCCACGAUUCAGAUUCCUGUCAUGCUGCCAACCAACACUUCUAAUGUUCCAGCAGCUGGACAUUGUUUUGUGGUUUCCAUUGACACAUGAAUGACUAAAUGUUAUGUUUUGGUGAACUGACCCUUUAAGUCAGACAUGAUAACCACCUCAGACUCCUCAGCGUUUCUUUGACACAACUUAUUUGACCCUGACUGGAACUUUUUUUUGAAAGUACCCAAACACAAGCGUCUGUUUCGCUGAAUAUUCUGUCGCUCUGACCCCUUUUCAAGCAGCUUAACUCGUCUAAUUCUCCGCUCCCCUUGUGGAUUAGUUCAGUGUCAUUGGAGAAAGGGCUAAUCAUAUUGUCUGUGGGUUUACCUAUGAAGCCCAGACAACAGUCGUUAAUCUCUCCGAGGCAGAACCUGGAUCUCUACCCACUGAGUGUUAUCAACGCGGGCCUGUAAUUAUUUUACUGUGCAUAUCGUGCUCAGGUUCAACUCAUAUGGAUCUGUGUUAAGUUGCAGCAAAAUGAUGAUGACCUACAUUUGUGAGGCUUACGCUUGUGUAUCUUUGAAGAUCUAUCUAACUAAUCUGUAAAUCAGUUAAUCUCGCUGACAGAAAACACUGAUGACUAACUCUGUCGGGCUGCACGCGUCAUUUCAUCAGCACGGCGUCGAAGCAGUCGCCUGAAGUCGGUUCAGAAAUUGUACCUCUGUUUCUAUCAUGUGCAUUCUUUUUACAAUAAAGGUGUUUUUUUAAUUGUCAUA